AUGUCGACGGUGAGAGCAAUUAACCUGGUGCUGCCUGAGACUGAGGUGCAUUUGGCCGGCUCCAGCAUAGAUGGCCAACUGGUUCUGGACCUCAGGAGUACCCUGGUGGACCCUGUCGUGAAGGUGGAGCUCGUGGGAAGAGGCUUCCUGAGGUGGCUUGAGGAGUAUAAUCCUGAAUGGGACUACGACAAGAGUAUGGCUUGCACCAACCAGGCUGUCUAUGUCUUCAAAGCUAAGAAUUUCCACGUAGAGGGUGGCUGGCUGGAUUCUGGGGUCCACACCUUUGACUUCCACUUCAGCUUUCCUCCACAUAUUCCCUCCACAUUCACCAGCAAAAUUGGCUACAUCUCCUACUUUGUUCAAGGGACUUGCUGCACCCGCCAAAUUCUCUUAGCUAAGGAGGAGAGAUGUUUAAUGUUGCAAGGAACUGCUGGUGACCACAGAAGACACAUGAAAGACAAGGCCCCACUGGUGGUAGAAGCUAGGAAGGACGUAGUUUACUUCUGCUGCUUCAAUCAUGGCUCUGUGAUCCUUCGGAUAUCCCUGGAGAAAAGCGUAUUUUGCCCCGGAGAAACCAUUGCCUUCAUGACAGAUGUUGCCAACAGGACAUGCAAGUAUGUUAGAAAGGUUGUUUUUGCUGUACACUGCAUUGUCCUGUGCAGCGGUUUCAGCAGCAGGGGAGAACAACACUCCUUGGAAGACCGAAGCGAAGUGACGCGGUUGGAGUUGCAGACAGACACGGCUCCCUCUGAGGCCACGAGAGUUACCAGCACGCUGGUUCUGCCGAAACCCAUGCCUGUCACCAGCACUCUCACGGAAAAUAAAAUCAUGGCAUUCAGGUACGAGCUGGUAGGCACUUCUGACCUUCCUUGUACCACAUCCAGCGUCGUGGGCAGGGUGCCCAUCAUCGUAGCAGCCACAUCGGAGGGUUUCUCUGUGGAGCAGAACACCGUGACUCUGCAAGAAAAUGAAGGUGACAUCGCAAAGGGGGUGAGCCUUCAGAAAGACAUUUCUGAGCUUGACCCAGGAGCAACUGCCAGCAGAUCCACAGAAUAA